UUGCUCUCCCACACCAGCCUCUGAGCCACCAUGGGGCUGCCACUAGCCCGCCUAGUGGCCCUCUGCCUGGCCCUGACCUUGGCCAGGGGCGAGGAGCUGCAGAAAGAGGGCAGAACGCGCAACCACGGCCACAACGUCUGUAGCACCUGGGGCGACUUCCACUACAAGACCUUCGACGGUGACGUCUUCCGCUUCCCCGGCCUCUGCGACUACAACUUCGCCUCGGACUGCCGUGACACCUACAAGGAGUUUGCUGUGCACCUGAAGCGGGGCCCGGGCCGCAAGGGUGGCCACCCCCAGGUCGAGUACAUCCUGUUGACCGUCAAGGACGACACGGUCUACCUCACCCCCGAGCUGGCUGUGCUGAAUGGGGCUAAGGUCAGCACCCCGCAUUACAGCCCCGGGCUGCUCAUCGAGAGGAACGACGCCUACACCAAGGUCUACUCCCGUGCCGGCCUCACCCUCAUGUGGGACCGGGAGGACUCGCUCAUGCUGGAGCUGGACAGUAAAUUCCAGAACCACACGUGCGGGCUCUGUGGGGACUACAACGGCCUGCAGAGCUACUCCGAGUUCCUGUCUGAUGGCAUGCUCUUCAGUGCUGUCCAGUUCGGGAACAUGCAGAAGAUCAACAAGCCCGAGGUGGUGUGCGAUGACCCCGAGGAGGGGCAGACCCCUGAGUCCUGCUCUGAGCACCGCGCCGAGUGCGAGAAGCUGCUGACAGCCGCGGCCUUCAAGGACUGCCUGGGCCUGGUGCCGCUGGAGUCGUACGUACGGGCCUGUGUGCAGGACCGCUGCCAGUGCCCCUCGGGCGCCUCCUGCAUCUGCAGCACCCUGGCCGAGUUCUCCCGCCAGUGCUCGCAUGCUGGCGGGCGCCCCGGGAACUGGAGGACUGGCACUCUCUGUCCCAAGAGCUGCCCCGGGAACAUGGUUUACCUUGAGAGCGGCUCGCCCUGUAUGGACACCUGCUCACACCUGGAGGUCAGCAGCCUGUGUGAGGAGCACCGCCUGGACGGCUGUUUCUGCCCUGAAGGCACCGUGUACGAUGACAUUGCGGGCGGUGGCUGCAUCCCCGUGAGCCAGUGCCACUGCAAGCUGCAGGGACAGAAGUACGCGCCCGGCCAGCAGAUCACCAAGGACUGCGAGCAGUGCAUGUGCAAUGCCGGCCGCUGGGUGUGCAAAGACCGGCCGUGCCCCGGGUCCUGUGCGCUGGAGGGCGGCUCCCACAUCACCACCUUUGACGGGAAGAGGUACACCUUCCACGGGGACUGCUACUAUGUGCUGACCAAGAGCGACCACAAUGACUCCUACGCCCUCCUGGGCGAGCUGGCCGUCUGCGGCUCCACGGACAAGCAGACCUGCCUGAAGACGGUGGUGCUGCUGGCCGACAAGAAGCAGAACGUGGUGGUCUUCAAGUCGGAUGGCACUGUGCUCCUGAACGAGCUGCAGGUGAACCUGCCCCACGUGGCAGCGAGCUUCUCCGUCUUCCAACCGUCCUCACAUCACCUCAUCGUGAACACUGCCUUCGGCCUCAGGAUGCAGGUCCAGCUGGUGCCGGUCAUGCAGCUCUUCCUGACGCUGGACCAGGCCGCCCAGGGCCGCGUGCAGGGCCUCUGUGGGAACUUCAAUGGCCUGGAGGGCGAUGACUUCAAGACGGCUGGUGGGCUGGUGGAGGCCACGGGGGCGAGCUUCGCCAACACCUGGAAGGUCCAGUCGAGCUGCCCCGACAAGCUGGACUGGCUGGACGACCCCUGCUCCCUCAACAUCGAGAGCGGUGAGGCAGAUGGGGUUCCCGGUGGGACGUGGGGGUGGGUGGAGGUGAGAUGGCCUGCCCCGUUGGGGGCCCGCCUGCUGCUUUCUGCCACAUGUCUGGUUUAUGCGACUGGCCUGUGCCAUGACAGGAUACCCUCCCACCCGCUCGUGUGCCGCAAUGGGAGGCUGCACUGCAAUCCAGUCAAGCUGAUUGGCGAGGCCUGCAAAGCCCCAAAGAUCCACGUUGACUGCAACAACCAGACCGCGCUGACCAUCCGGAACCCCCGCCCCCUCAGCUGCCAGACGCUGGCUGCAGGACACUACCAGACAGAGUGUGUGAGCGGCUGCGUGUGCCCCGAGGGGCUCAUUGACGACGGCCGAGGCGGCUGCGUUGUGGAGGAGGACUGCCCCUGUGUGCACAACAAGGGCUUCUUCUCCCGCGGGGACAAGAUCAAGGUGGACUGCAACACCUGCACCUGCCAGAGAGGACGCUGGGCGUGCACCCAGUCUAUGUGCCACGGUACCUGUGUCAUCCACGGGAGUGGCCACUACAUCACCUUUGAUGGGAAGUACUACAACUUCGAUGGAAACUGCUCCUACGUGGCCGUUCAGGACUACUGCGGCCAGAAUUCCUCGCUGGGCUCCUUCGGCAUCAUCACUGAGAAUGUCCCGUGUGGCACCACGGGCGUCACCUGCUCCAAGGCCAUCAAGAUCUUCAUCGGGAGGACAGAGCUGAAGCUGGAGGACAAACACCGUGUGGUGAUCCAGCGCGACGUGGGCCACCAUGUGGCCUACACCACGCGGGAGGUGGGCCAGUACCUGGUGGUGGAGGCCAGCAUCGGCAUCAUCGUCAUCUGGGACAAAAGGACCACCAUCUUCAUCAAGCUGGCCCCCUCCUACAAGGGCACUGUGUGCGGCCUGUGCGGGAACUUCGACCAGCGCUCCAACAAUGACUUCACCACGCGGGACCACAUGGUGGUGGAGAGCGAGCUGGACUUUGGCAACAGCUGGAAGGAGGCCCCCACCUGCACGGACGUGAACGCCACCCCCGAGCCGUGCACCCUGAAGCCACACCGCCGCUCCUGGGCCGAGAAGCAGUGCAGCAUCAUCAAGAGCCCGGUCUUCAGCGCCUGCCACAGCAAGGUGGACCCCACGCCCUUCUACGAGGCCUGUGUCUACGACUCGUGCUCCUGCGACUCGGGCGGCGACUGUGAGUGCUUCUGCUCUGCUGUGGCCGCCUACGCCCAGGAGUGCACCAAGGAGGGGGCCUGUGUGUUCUGGAGGACGCCAGACCUGUGCCCCAUAUUCUGCGACUACUACAACCCCCCGCACGAGUGUGAGUGGCACUACGAGCCUUGUGGGAACCGCAGCUUGGAGACCUGCAGGACCAUCCACGGCAUCCACUCCAGCAUCUCCUUGUCCUACCUGGAGGGCUGCUACCCCCGGUGCCCUAAGCACAGGCCCAUCUAUGAUGAGGACCUGAAGAAGUGCGUCAGAAGAGACCAAUGUGGCUGCUAUAUCAAGGGCAUCCGCUACCUACCUGGAGCGUCUGUUCCCACGGAUGACAUCUGCCAGUCUUGCAUGUGCAGCAAGUCCUCCAAGGUCAUCUGCUGGCCCGAGGAAGCCAUCAUCAUCAUCACCACCACCCCCACCUCCAGCACAGCUUCAUCUCCCACUUCAACUCCGCCGCCGUGCUGCUUCUGGUCCGACUGGAUCAACGAGGAUCACCCUGAGACUCACGGCGACAGCGGGGACCGUGAGAGGUUCGACAGCGUCUGCCAGGCCCCUGAGGACAUCGAGUGCAGGGCGGCCACGGAGCCCCAGCUCAGCUUGGAGGAGCUGGGCCAGAAGGUGCAGUGCAAUGUGUCGUUUGGGUUCAUCUGCAAGAAUGAAGACCAGUUUGGGGACGGACCAUUUGGAGUCUGUUAUGACUACGAGAUACGUGUCCGCUGUUGCCUGCCCAUGGAGGAGUGUCCUUCGACCCCAACCACGACCCCCACGACAACUACUCCAACCACGAUGACCACAACCACCACACCGACCAAAACCUCAGGGCCAACAACCCCAACUCCCAGCACCAGCACCCCAAAGACCCCGACACGAAUUCCUAGCACCACAACCACCAUGACCACAAGACACACGAUGAGCACCACACCAGAGACCCCAACACCAAAUCAUACCACCAGGAUCACAGAGACCACAACUCCCACCAGGACCCCUAUGCCAGGGACCCCAACGCCGACCCCCGACACUAGGACGACUGUGACCAUAACACACACCACGACCACCACCACGGGGACCCCCACUAUGACACCCAGCACCACCCCCACCACCUCCACAGAGACCUCCACCCCUACUCCCACCACGACGCCUACCGCGUCCGUGACUGUUACCACUACUACGUGUGUGGCUCACUGCGAAUGGACUGGCUGGCUGGAUUCUGGGAAACCAACCUUUACCAGCACAGGUGGAGACAUUGAACCCAUUGGAGAGGUCUGUGGAAGAGGCUGGGUAGCCAACAUCUCCUGCAGAGCCAGUAUGUUUCCAAACAUUUCCAUCAAACGGCUUGGACAAAGGCUGGUGUGUGACACUUCGGUUGGACUUGUGUGCAAAAACAAAGACCAGAAGCCAGGGGGACCCAUCCCCAUGCCUUACUGCCUCAACCACGGGGACCCCAACGCCAACCCCCACCACCACCCCCACCACCUCCACAGAGACCUCCACCCCUACUCCCACCACGACGCCUACCACGUCCGUGACUGUUACCACUACUACGUGUGUGGCUCACUGCGAAUGGACUGGCUGGCUGGAACCCCAACCCCAAGCCCCACUGUUGCCACCGUCACCACCACCGAGACCCCUACACCACCCUCUGUAGAGACCCCAACACCAACCCCCUACACCCCAAAGACUACAACCCCCAAUCCCACCACCACGGAGAGUACAACCCCUACUACUACCCCCACCCCCACUGAGAUCUCAAGCUUGACCCCUACCAUCACCACCACUACCUCCACAGAGACCCUGACCCCAAUCCGCACCACCACAGAGACCACAACCACCACCACUACUACCACCUCUCAGACCCCUACCACAACACCCAACAUCCUUGCUACCAGCACGGAGACCCCUACCCCUACAGGCACAGUACCCACGGGUGAGACCACCACGCCCAAACUGCCUGAAUCCUCCUCCCCUCUAACAUCUUGGUCCACCUCCCCCUUUUCCACGGAAUCAACCACAACUCUGACCACCACCCCAACGAUAGUGGAGACAUCCAGCACGCCAUGGCCCCCAACAACAACGGUCACUACAACGGGAAGCCCUGACACCACCACUCCAGGCACGCAGACAUCAGGUCCCACCUCCUCAAAGACCACCCCUACCAGCGGGACCACCACCAGGCCCUCCUCACCCACCCCGGGACUCCCCUCCACACCCACUCCUGUGACUGUCUCAACGACCACCACGGGAACGCACACCCCAACCUUGACCAUGCCACAGACCACCAGCACCUCGACCACCAGCGUGCCCACCCCUACCCAACUCAGCACCCCAAGCACCAUCACCACCACCAUCUUGGUCCCCACACCCAGCCCGGGCAAAUGCUGUGUUCUGAAUGAUACGUACUACACCCCAGGCGAGGUGGUGUACAACGGCAGGCACGGGGACACCUGCUACUUCGUGAACUGCUCGCUGAACUGCUCCUGGCAAUUCUUCAACUGGUCCUGCCCGUCCACCCCCUCCCCAACGCCCAGCACACCCACGCCAACGCCCACGCCGUCCACAACAUCAAGCACGCCAGCCACCACCAAGCGCCCUGGGUGCCCCGACUUUGAUCCUCCCAGAAUGGAGAAUGAGACGUGGUGGCUCUGCAACUGCACCAUGGCCACAUGCAAGCACGACAACACGGUGGAGAUCGUGCACGUGGAGUGCAAGCCCCCGCCCAUGCCCACCUGCUCCAACAACCUCAAGCCCGUGCGCGUCCUGGACCCCGACGGCUGCUGCUGGCACUGGGAGUGCGACUGCUACUGCACGGGCUGGGGGGACCCGCACUACACCACCUUCGACGGGCUCUACUACAGCUACCAGGGCAACUGCACGUACGUGCUGGUGGAGGAGGUCAACCCCACCGUGGACAACUUCGGGGUCUACAUCGACAACUACCACUGCGAUGUCACCGACCGAGUGUCCUGCCCCCGCACACUCAUCGUGCGCCACGAGAGCCAGGAGGUGCAGCUCAGGACGGUGCAGAUGCUGCCCCUGAAGGUGCAGGUGCAGGUCAACAAGCGGUCCGUGGCGCUGCCCUACAAGAAGUACGGGCUGCAGGUGUACAAGUCGGGCAUCAGGUACAUGGUGAACAUCUCCAGAUUGGACGCCCUCAUCUCAUACGACGGCCUCUCCUUCUCCAUCAGGCUGCCCUACCGCCUGUUUGGCAACAACACCAAGGGCCAGUGUGGCACGUGCACCAACACCACCUCGGAUGACUGCGUGCUGCCCAGUGGGGAGGUCAUCUCCAACUGCGAGGUCGCAGCUGACCAGUGGGUGGUGAAUGACCCCUCCAAGCCGCACUGUCCCCACUCCAGCUUCACCAGCCCGCGUCCGGCCACCACGACGCCAGUGGGCAGCAGCACCACCACACAACAGAACUGUCCUUCUCCUCUCUGCGAGCUCAUCAAGGACAGCUUGUUCACCGAGUGCCACGCCCUGGUGCCCCCCCAGCAGUACUAUGACGCCUGCGUGUUCGACAGCUGUGUGGUGCCCAACUCGGGCAUGGAGUGUGCCAGCCUGCAGACCUAUGCCGCCCUCUGUGCUCACGAGGGCGUCUGCAUUGACUGGCGGAACCACACCCAGGGGGCCUGCCACACCCCAGGCCCCACCCUGUGCUGCGGGCAGUGGCGGGGCACAGCUUUCAAGGAGCCGUGCUCAUUACCACGUUUCCUCCCCUCCUCAGAGUGCAAUGCCGGCCUCUGCAGAGAGAAGCCCCCUGUGUGCUCGCUGGGAUUCGAGCUGAAGAGCGAGAUGGUCCCCGGAAGGUGCUGCCCCCUCUACUCGUGUGUGCCCAAGAACGUGUGUGUUGUUGGGAAUGCUGAGUACCAGCCCGGCUCUCCAGUCUACUCCUCCAAGUGCCAGGACUGCGUGUGCACCGGCAGCAGGAACAGCACCACGCAGCUCAACGUCAUCUCCUGCACCCACGUGCCCUGCAGCACGUCCUGCAGCCCCGGCUAUGGGCUCGUGGAGGCCCCUGGGGAGUGCUGCAUGAAGUGUGAGCAGACCCACUGCAUCAUCAACCAGCCCAGCGGGCAGUACAUCCUGAAGCCCGGGGACAGAAAGAGGGACCCCACCAACAACUGCACCUUCUUCAGCUGCAUGAAAACCAACAACCAGUUCAUCUCGUCCAUCUCCAACAUCACCUGCCCCGAAUUUGACGCCAGCGCCUGCCUCCCGGGCUCCAUCACGCUCAUGCCCAACGGCUGCUGCAGGAAGUGCAUCCUUCGCAACGAGACCAGGAUCCCCUGCUCCACCAUCCCCGUUACCAAGGAAAUUUCACAUGCCGGCUGCAGCAAGUUGGUGACCAUGAACUACUGCUCCGGGUCAUGCGGGACCUUCGCCAU